CCUUACUCGAAGGGGAGCAAGGAUUCUGGUGGGAUGGACUCAGCCCUGGUCUCCAGGAGGCAAAGCAUCCCAGAGGAGUUCAGAGGGGUCACUGUCGUGGAGCUGAUUAAGAAGGAAGGAAGCACCCUCGGGUUAACCAUUUCAGGUGGCACAGACAAAGAUGGAAAGCCAAGAGUCUCCAAUCUGAGGCCGGGAGGUCUGGCCGCAAGAAGUGACCAGCUGAACGUCGGGGAUUACAUCAAGUCAGUGAAUGGCAUUAACCUGACCAAGCUGCGGCACGAUGAGAUCAUAAGCCUGCUGAAAAACGUGGGCGAAAGGGUAGUGCUGGAAGUAGAGUAUGAGCUUCCGCCAGCCGUGCCAGAGAGCAGCGCUGGCAUUAUUCCCAAGACCAUCGAGGUGUCCCUCUACAAGGAAGGGAACAGCUUUGGCUUCGUGCUGAGAGGGGGAGCCCAUGAAGACUGGCACAAGUCCAGACCACUGGUGCUUACCUACGUGAGGCCGGGUGGCCCAGCAGACAGGGAAGGGUCUUUGAAAAUUGGGGACAGGCUGCUGAGUGUUGAUGGGAUCCCUCUGCACAGCAUGACCCACGCCGAUGCCCUCAACAUCCUGCGGCAGUGCAGCCAGGAGGCACUCUUCCAGAUCGAGUAUGAUGUGACCAUCAUGGAUACUGUAGCAAAUGCUUCCGGUCCUUUACUAGUUGAAAUAGCAAAGUCUCCGGGGUCUACGCUAGGAAUCACACUGAUGACAAGCACGCACCGGAACAAGCAGGUUAUUGUCAUCGAUAAGAUCAAGCCGGCCAGCGUGGUGGACAGAUGUGGCGCAUUGCAUGUUGGUGACCAUAUUCUCUCCAUUGAUGGCACGAGCACAGAGCACUGCUCCUUAUUAGAGGCAACUCAGCUUUUAGCUGCCACUUCAGAAAACGUCAAACUAGAGAUAUUACCUGUUCAUCAAAGCAGGCUGCCUUUGAAGCCUCCAGAAACAGUCAAGGUGCAGAAGAGUGACCACCACCACUGCUGGGACCCCUGUGUCAACUACUGUCACACCCACCACCCCGGGCACUGCAAGACGCCCACGUGGAACCAGACAUCUGGACAGGAUUACUGCAAAUCUCUGGUGGCUGCCAACUUCUCUUCUCCCACCAUGAACGUGCAGGGCUUCCCCUGCCAGAACUCGAACACGCUACCUCGCAGCACCCACCCCAUGAGCCCCCGCACCACCAUGCUGAGGAGGAGGCAGAAGAAGAAGGAGCACAAGAGCUCACUGUCCCUGGCCUCCAGCACAGUGGGUCCUGGCGGGCAGAUAGUCCACACGGAGACAACAGAGGUCGUGCUCAGGGGAGACCCUUUGAAUGGCUUCGGACUUCAGCUCCAGGGAGGCAUCUUUGCUACUGAAACCCUGUCUUCCCCACCUCUCGUCCGUUUUAUUGAGCCUGACAGCCCGGCAGAGAGGUGUGGGCUGCUACAAGUAGGAGACAGAGUCCUUUCUAUCAACGGCAUUGCGACUGAGGACGGGACUAUGGAGGAAGCCAAUCAGCUUUUGCGUGAUGCCGCGCUCACGAACAAAGUGGUGCUCGAGAUUGAAUUUGAUGUCGCAGAGUCUGUCAUACCCAGCAGUGGUACUUUCCACGUUAAAUUGCCCAAGAAAAGGGGUGUAGAACUUGGAAUUACAAUCAGCUCUGCAAGCAGAAAGCCUGGGGAGCCUUUGAUCAUCUCCGACAUCAAGAAGGGGAGCGUAGCACAUAGAACUGGAACCUUGGAGCCAGGAGACAAGCUGUUAGCCAUUGAUAACAUCCGACUUGACAAUUGCUCAAUGGAGGAUGCUGUGCAAAUUUUAAGGCAAUGUGAGGACCUGGUCAAAUUGAAGAUUAGGAAGGAUGAAGAUAACUCUGAUGAGCAGGAGACAACUGGUGCUAUUAUCUACACAGUGGAACUGAAGCGAUACGGCGGCCCCUUGGGAAUAACCAUCUCUGGGACAGAGGAACCUUUUGAUCCUAUCGUUAUUUCGGGCUUGACUAAACGAGGGCUAGCAGAAAGAACUGGAGCCAUCCACGUCGGUGACCGGAUAUUAGCGAUUAAUAAUGUGAGCCUGAAGGGCAAACCGCUGAGUGAAGCCAUUCACCUGCUGCAGAUGGCGGGAGAGACGGUCACCCUGAAGAUCAAGAAGCAGACGGAGAAAUCCUAUCCCAAGAAGUCAGGGAGUAUAAACGAAGUGAGCGACCCAGAAGAUGAACUGACGGACUCCCAGAAAACUAGCAAGCUGUCUGAGAUAUACUCCACCACAAUUCCUAGUGUGGACAGUGCUAUGGAGUCCUGGGAUGGCUCCGGCGUUGAUGCUGGGUAUGGAAGCCAAGGAACGUACAUACCUCAGGCUGCGGGCAUAGCCCUCCAUCCACAUGAAUGGAGACACAGCAGGCAAAAGAGCAGCACCCCGCCGGGGGACCCCAGGAAAAACUACCCCUACAUGGAUGGAAGCUUCAGUGAAGACGACUGGGACAAGCCCAGCAGAUAUCCCAACCGCCAAAAUGGCCUUGAGACCACUCACGAGGAUAGUUUUUGGCGUGUUUUUGGAGAAGCUUUGGAGGAUUUGGAAACAUGCGGCCAGUCUGAGCUUUUGAGGGAGAUUGAGGCAUCCAUCAUGACAGGGAGCGUGCACAACCUGGGCCUGGAGGGCAGCAAGCUGCUCCUGGACUCUGUCAACCCAUCAGGACUGAGCCCAUUGAGGAAAGCAAACUCCAGCUGUGAUGACGGACAGACAGAGGGCAGCAGCUCCCCUGCCAAGAAGAACGAGAGGAACCUGGACAUGAAGAAGAUCGAGAAGGAGAUGCAGGAAAUCAUGUCCCCUACCCCUCUCGAAUUUCACAAGAUGACACUCCACAAAGACCCGGAGAGUGAAGACUUUGGAUUCAGUGUGUCGGACGGCCUGUUAGAAAAAGGUGUCUAUGUUAAUAUGGUCCGUCCAGAUGGGCCAGCAGAUCAGUGUGGCCUCAAGCCAUAUGACAGAGUGCUUCAGGUAAACCGCAUCCGAACAAGAGACUUUGACUGCUGUCUGGCUGUUCCCCUGAUUUCGGAGGCUGGAGAUAAGCUGGACCUGGUGAUUAGCCGAAACCCCUUGGCACUGGCUGCCAAUGCGCCCAGGGAGGGGAACGGAGAGCUGCCAGCACAGGUAGCCCACGGCGCUGAGGUCAAGGCAAGCGUCCAGACGCUCUGA